AUGAGAGGGGCUUUUGGGUUGUGGCUAAGGGCCAAGCUUGAAAAAGCUGAAAUCUUUAUCAAUAAUUGGGUGUCGAAGCACUUUGUAGGAUGCUCGGAACUCAAGACCUUUUACCUCAAAAAAUGUUCGUUUGUGUCUGACAGUGGUCUCAUGUCAUUUUCUAAAAGUGUCGAGUCGCUUGAGAGCCUUCAACUAGAUGAGUGCCACAUGAUAUCGAAACAAGGGAUUAUAAAUUCUCUUGCUAACUGUUGCAAGAAAUUGAAAGCACUUGGAUUGUCCAAGUGUAUAGGGAUUAAAGAUUGGAUUAGCACAUCCAUCUCUUUGCCUUACCCUCCGAUCACUAACCAUCUGCCACUGUACAUUACCAUUGUGAGCUUGUCAGAAAUUGGAAGGAACUGCACUGCGGUAACUGACCUGGAUGUUCGGGCGGCCAAGCAGAAUAGUCUGCUGUUAUUGUCUCUCGCAGGUUGCUCUUUGGUGUCCGACAAAAGCUUGCCUUUUCUUGUUUCUUUGGGUAACACUUUGGUGGGAUUGAACGUGCAGAAUUUUCGCGGAAUCAGCUCCAGCUCCAUUAGUUUGCUUUUCGAUAAGCUUUGGAGG